CAAUUCCAAGCACAACCGAUAGGGUCCUCCUCCCCCCUUUCCCGAGAAAAUUGCCACACGACGAACAUCUACGCGAUGCCAGAAACAAAAAAAAAUACAAAUAGCUACACUCAAACAUCACCGAGGCACUAUAACAAAGAUGAAACGGAUAUUAAUUGGAGUGGGUUGCAUGAAUCAUUCAUCUCACCGCCUUCCUCUCAAUCAAUCAUCAACAACGCGGGAACGCAAAAAGACGUGAUGCCCCACCCAUAUCUCGUCUUCACUCUCCCUCUCUCUCGUCAUCUCGGAACGACUUCCUGCCAGGUGAGGCUCGUGCUCUUUGCAAGUGGAGCCUCAAAGUGGAGCCUCAAAAAGUGGAGAAUGGGCCUUAUCGUACAUAGAGAUAUUGUCGCUUGUGGCUUUAUCCCCCCCGCGGACGGGAUCUAAGAAGGAAUUCGACUCCACCAACCACAUUGGAUGGGGACGAACGGAGCGGGAAAUUAUUUUGGUGUUUUUGCGGUUGGGUUUUGGGGGGAAGUUUGAGGUUAUUCGCGUGCUGUGGACGUAU